GCAGGGUCCCGUCUUAAUUACACCAGGGUCCAGACUCCAGACUCUAGACACCACCAUUCUCCACCCGUGUCAUCAUCGUCUGUUUUUUCUUGCGAUCCCCAGUCCCCAGUCGAGGAGGGUAAAUAUUAAAAUAAUACGACGGGUUCCUCCAGAACCAAGCCCCCUUGGCGAAGCAGCAGCCAGCCUUAUCUUCUCCUGUCUCAAUCAACUCCUGUCACUCUCUGGGGGUGUGUAACUAUCGCGUGAGGGAUUGCCUUAUCGCUCCUUGCCAGUCCUGCAUCGCUGACUGACCCCUCAAACCCCCAUUUCUUUGUCUCUGAUGUUGUCUUUCCUUUGAUUUUCCUUAUUUAUUCACUUUGUUUUUUUUACUAGUCAUUUUUACUAGUUCUACCCAGCUGUUGGUGGAUGGAUCAGGCCUGUCUUGCUGUUCACCAUGGCCUACAACGCAGUCGCCCAGGUCGACGAGGAGUUGGGUUUGGAGAGCCCGCGCAGUCCGUCGCUACGCAGUGGAUAUCAGCGCCUUGACGAGGUGGGCCACGCCGAUAAUACAGGGUCCGGCAGGGAUUUGAGUUCGAUAAUCCGCUCGCUGAGCUCCACGAGCUACGAUCUAGUCGAAGACGACGAUUAUGGCGACGACCUCGACCUCGCCGAUUCGCCCGUCGUGAAUGCCGCGCCGCGCCGUCACAUUCCUCCGCUCGACACCACCGAGGCCACGCUGCAUGCUUCCAGCCUCCCCCUGCGCAGUCCAUCGAGCGACGACUACGAGCCGGUGCCUCUCAGCCAUCCCACCCCGGAUCUACAAUCGUUGCAGGGCGCCUACGUGGGCAAUGUCGAGCGGCUGGAGCGCAGUGCCGAACGUUUAAGUCUGAGUUCCGUCAAUCUGGCCCAGGGGAUCCGCAAGAUGGAUCUCGAACAGAAGCAGAACUCUGCCAGCUCCGUCUGCAACUCCGCUGCCUCGCCGCGGGGAUCUAUCAUGUCUACCUCGCGCUUGCAGCUCGCGGUCGGCUCCCGCCUGGCUCAGGUUGACGAGCCGGGGCAUGAAGAAGACACCUACGCAGUUCAGUCGCCAGUCCCGGUUCGUUCGCUGGUUCCAGUUCCGUACGAGCUGGAGCAGAAUCAUCAUCAUCCUCAUCGUUAUAAUUAUUAUCAACAUCACCAAGUGGCAGCACCGGCGGAUUCGAGUCAGGAUGAUCGCGAUCCGGUAAUGGAACAGGAGGAAUAUUAUGACCGACCACACUCGGCAGCAUCGGGCGAUACAUAUCAACAGGCCCGUACCUUAUUCCGGGAUUUUGAUGGGGUGCACUUCAUUCCUCAAUCGCAGAUGGAAUCCGUCCGACGCGUCCCACUCACCAAACCACCCCUUGCCAGCGCGUCCGAGUCACACAAGGAGCCCAGACGAGGCGAAAACAUGGUAUAUUACCCGGCUCCCGUUCCUAAAAUGUUGAAUCUGCCCCCGCGCCUGUCACGGAAGCCUGCGAACGAUUGGGAGAAACGUCGCACCCAGGUCUUUGGCCCCGCCGCUCCUCCUCUCGUUGAGCAGAAGAAGUCGGCAGCGGUCGAGCAGAAUAAAGAGGCUAUCGAGGACCGGCGCAGCAAGCGAUACUCCAAGAUCCCCUCGCAAUUGCGUGCGAGCGUCUUCUUCGAGAUUCCCUCGGCGCAGCUGGAUCUGCAGGUCAAACAGGCCUCGGCAGUUGCUACGCUUGAAAGCAUCCUCGACGCCUCUGCUUCGGCGCCGGUCACAGCGUUUACCGACCAUCCGUUCGCAGGCCAUGUGGGCCGAGAGGUGUACGGCAGCUCGAGACCAAAGUCGUCUUCCAACGCCUUAGUAACGGAGAAGAAGCGACGACCAAAAUCGCAAGGCACCAUGGGUCUCUGCCACAGUUCCUCAGCCGGUGAUCUGAGAGAUGUUCCUCUUGACGUGGACGACCACUUCGCGCAGACCGAGGCCGAGGCUGCGGGCGACGACGAGGGAUCGGCGCUGCGUGGCUCCCACGAUGCGGACAAUUACCAUGACGAUCGCUCGGACAGAUCACAUGCAGAUGAACUCGACGAGAGUUCCCACGCGAACGAAGAAGAUAAUCCGGAAGCUGAAGAAGAAGACGACAACGACAGCGAGGACGACUUGGCUUUCGUUGGGCAACCGAACACACUGCUGGCCGAGCUCGAGCUACGCAAAAAGCAACUCCAACAACGUCGGCGCACCGUUAUCCUGGGUGAGGGUUUACAAUCCACCCUGCUCGAGCUGGAUGCCGUUGCCCAGAAACAGAGCGAGCGGCGGCGACGGCGCCCGGUGACACUCGCCUGGGAAAGUCCCGACCUGAGACACCAGGAGGGAGAGGAUGAUGAUGUUCCGCUGGCCAUCCUGUAUCCCGACAAGGCCCCCGGCGGUGACGAAUCCCGCCCCCUGGGGCUCAUGGAGAGAAAAGAGAUGGAGGAGAGCGAACCGUUAAGCCGGCGCCGUGCCCGACUCCGCGGCGAUGUCUCUCCGACCAAGCGACCGGCCACUAUGCACUCGAUGGAAGUUCCCCCUGUCGCAGCCCUGUCUGACAGCGGGGAUGAGGAAGAGACGCUGGCACAGCGGCUGAAGCGACUGAGGGGCAAAGACGGACCCAGCACGGCUACCGGCAGUGAUUUUACCAGCGAGGUGCUGGCGGAGCUCACCAGCCGCACUGACUCUGAUAGCAGACAAGAUCGCAACAGUGGAAACGUCGCUGCAGCUCCCGGGGAGGAGGAGGCAGAAGAACAAGAAGAAGAAACGCUGGCACAGCGUCGUAACCGCCUGGCAACGGAGAGCAAGACCGCCACCAUCACCACCACCACCAUCCCACCAUCCUUACCACUAACUGGCCAGAAGGCGAUCAAAGAACGCCGAAGUAUGGCCGCAAUCCCCCAAACGCACCCGACCGUCCUGGGCCGCCAGUCCUCUCACGACCUGCUACUGUCGCAGCCGACUCGGGGCUCAAGGCAUCCAUACCAGCAGCCCCAGUACGGCGGCAGCCGGAUGUCGAUGUACCAACUCCCGACCACCUUUUCCCAACCGGUCGGUGGCCCCUAUACGCCCCAGUAUCCUGGAUAUCAUAUGGCCAAUCCGUACGGCUAUGCUGCCGGCGGUUAUCACUACCACGAACCCCAGCCUCUCGGUAUGGGUGGCCUGGGCGGCAUGGGUUACACCCCGGCCAUCGAUCCAGGGCAGCGAGAUGUGAUCGACCGAUGGCGACAGAGCAUCCGAUAGUCAUCUCUCCUGGCGGUUCUUCAUUUAAGCAUUCUCAUUCUUCCAGCGAUCAGGCGGGCAUAUUGGGGUCUGUUUUUUUCUCUACUUUCCCUCUCUUUUGUUUAUGGCUAUUGAUAUCCAUUUAGAGUAGCCAGUCAGUCUAUAGUUACCCAUUAAUUUCACAACUGAUCUUCCAGUA